AUGGCCAACAUGUUAUCGACAGAGAAUGAUUUCGAGCCAGCAUACAUUGGAUAUUUUUUCAUUUUAUUUUCUGGACUCACUGCUUUUAUUAUUUCCUUAUUUGUAUGGAUGAAAUGGGAUACCGAUAAGAAGAGCCGAAAUGAAAGACAAGAUUUGUUAGACUCAGAGCAAAAUACGGAAGACGAAAAUUUGAAAACAAAAAAUAAAGCUAAUUCUUUUUCGAGAGAUGCAAGAAAACAAGGAAAAUGGAAAUUUAACAAGAUGCGAACGCUACAAUUUGAACAUCCAUGGCUCAUGACAACAUUAAAAGGCCACGUAAGCGAUGUCAUGGAUUUGGAUUUUUCUUCAAACGGCAGAUAUCUUGCAUCAGUUAGCUCAGAUCGCUCACUUUAUCUCUGGAAUGAUUUUGGUGAGCGUGAUCAUAAAUUGCAUCGCUGUGGUGUUGAGUUGGACGGUGCAAGUCAUAUCGUCUUUGCACCUGAUUCAAAAUGUUUACUUAUGAGUCUACAAAUUGCUAAUAAGUUGGAUGUUUACAAAAUAACAAAGAGGGAAGGUACUCAGAGUUAUAAGAUUUCGCGUAUUGAAAGUGUUGGAUUCCCGGUUGUCCAUACCGAAGAUAUCAGUAACAUCGGAAUUGCUUGUAAUGGAAAAUUUGUGAUGUCAGCAUCAGCCGAUAAUCAGCUUGUGAUAUAUAGCAUUCACGGAGAAGUUCUCAAAAAGAUUGAACUAAAAUUGAACAUUCUCUACAGUGCAUGUAUUUCGCCGUGUGCUCGUUUUGUUGGAGCUAGUGGUUUCACACCCGAUGUCUUUGUUUUUGAAGUAUUAUUUGAUCGUCAAGGAAACUUCCAGGAUGUGAAGAAAGCUUUUGAACUAAAAGGUCAUAAUUCUGGUAUUUACUCAUUUGCUUUCGAUCAGAGUUCAACACGGUGUGUUACAGCAUCUAAGGAUGGAACAUGGAAUGUCUACAAUACUGACGUGCGUUAUUCACAAGGGGAAGAAGCUAAGAUUAUUGCCAGUGGUGAAUUUGAAGUGCUGAAGAAUGCUCCUCCUGAAUCAGUCAAAGUAGUCAUGAGUUCAUCUGGAAAUAGUUUUGCUAUAUCAGCUAGUCGUCAUAUACGUUUGUACAGCACUUUACAACCUCAGAAAGAAUUUAAAAUGAUUCUGGAUGCACACGAUAAGCCGAUAACUGGCCUACGGAUGAGUUCAUGCGGGAAAAUGAUAGCAAGUUGCUGUGAUCGAUAUAUUAGGAUAUUUCAUAAUGUCGCAGAAUUUUAUAGUAAUGUAGUAUUGCUAGAAAAAACAAUACAAGAAACUUGUGAAGAUGGCAGGAAACGACGUCUUGAGGAGCAGUUGCGUGAAGCCAAGCGAGUACUUAAUCCUUUUUCGUUUUAUUAA